AUGCCCUCAACCACAGUUCAGUGGGUCACCCAUGAAACCCUGCUGAUCGCCACCGCUGGCGACCAGACGCCAAGCUCCAAGAUCGCUGCCUUUGAUCUCGACGACACCUGGAUUGUGCCCAAGAGCAAGCGUGUGCAUUCCAAGGAUGCCGACGACUGGAAGUGGAUCUAUGUUGGCUCGCCAGACAAGCUCCGGGCUCUGGUGAAAGAGGGCUUCCGCAUCGUCGUUCUGACCAACCAAGGCGGCCUCACCAACGAUGACAAGGAGGAGAUCUUCAGGACCAAGGUCGAGAACAUUGCUGCGACGCUCGACGGCGUCCCGUUGCUUCUCGUAGCUGCCAAGGGCCGUGAUCACUUCCGCAAGCCUCGGCUUGGAAUGUGGGAGUACUUUGCCACCCACUUGAACGGCGGUGUUGAGAUCGAUCUCAGCGCCAGCUACUAUGUUGGCGAUGCGGCAGGCCGGCCCAACGACUGGACUCCGGGCUUCAAGAAGGACUGGGCUGACACUGACCGCAAACUGGCCCUGAACAUGCGAGUGGACUUCCAUAUCCCCGAGACCUUCUUUGGCAACCAGAAAACCCCUCCGCUGCCCCUGCUCGAAUUCGAUCCUGCCGUCUAUCUGGAGUCGGUCGUCGACAAGGCGGCCCCUGAGCCGGCGCUUGCCCUGGAUGCUGCCGCUCGCCAGCAGCAGCCAGAUGUCGUUGUCUUUGUCGGCUUUCCUGCCUCGGGCAAGUCGCAUGCGGCCCUGAAGCACUUUGUCCCGAAUGGCUACGUGCAUGUCAACCAGGACAACUGCAGGUCCCGAGCGGCCUGUCUCAAGCUUGCCGAGCAGUCGCUGCAGAACAAGUCCUCGAUCGUCAUCGACAACACAAAUCCAGACCGGAAGGCGCGCGAAGGAUACGUUGCGCUGGCAAAGAAAUACGGCGCCUCCGUCCGCUGUCUCUGGUUCAGGGCCUCGCUCGACCUCUGCAACCACAACAACGCAUAUCGAGAGCAUAUCCAGAAGGCGGACCACAGCCAUGUCCCCGAUGUCGCCUUUGCGAGCUUCCGGUCCCGCUUCGAGGAGCCGCUCGUCGACGAGGGAUUCGGCGAGGUGAUUCCGAUCGAUUUUGUCCCUCAAUUCGAGUCUGAUGCAGAGAAGCAGAGCUGGCUGAUGUUCCAUUUCUAG